CUAAUCAUGGAAAGAUGAACAUCUGUGUUGAAAUAGGAAAGAUAAAUGAUCCGACAAUAUAGGGCAGCGGUCAAUUUCGUGUGGAUCGUCGUACACUACAGCCUUAACACAGCACGGCGAUGAAAGUUUUGGUAGCCUUGACGUUGUGCCUAGCGCUGACCUCCACAGCCAAUGGGUCCGGGUUUCUGGACAGCCUUAAAGCUUCCUUCUCUCACAUCGGAGAUGCAUUUACUCAGUCCCUCCACGUGAUGGGCCAGCAAGCAACUGAUGUCGGCAAACAGCUGCUGAACCAGGCAGCGGAACACGGAAAACAACUUCUUGGGGAGACAGCUCAAAGUUUAUUGCUUGGAACCAUGAACGCAUUUAGUGCUACCUCAGCACCGGCCACAAAACGUGAUUUAAGUGCAAUCACUCAGCAACUCACGCCUUUCUACAAUCUUGCACACGCCACCAUAGGCUCCAAAAGCCAUGAACUACAAGGUGUAUUCCAGUCAGCGAUGGGUAGAUUGGAGGAGAUUUCUCAACAUAUCACCCAACUCUCGCCUGAGGAAAUUGCUGCCCAGGUGGACAAUGUCGUCGCUUCCCACCACGUGUUGGCCAACCACUUACUCCAUGAACUCCAGUCUGCUUUGACUUCCCACCAGAAGAGGAACGUUAUAUCCGAUACUUUGUCCUCUAUAGGAAAUAAUAUCGCUUCAGUGUUUACCACCCAUGUGCAUGCCGUGGAGAACAUUCUUCACAAUACCGGAUCUGUCAUCAAACAAGAAUCUGCGACCAUAGCUCAAUCUAUGGCAGAAACACUUGGACAGCUGAGCGGAAAACUUGCCAAACAAGUGGUUCACAUCGGAAGUACUGGUCGCGUCAUCGCUAACCAAGGCUCGAAUGUACUCCAUGCCCUCAAAGACGUCAUGUCUGGCGUCAUGCAUCAAGCCUUGUCCGACGUGCAGCCCGAUGUCCUGAACUAAACGCCGGUAACGCUUUCGUUCAACAGCUCAGCAUAACUGAGGUCAAAGUUCAAUGAUAAUAUAACAACAUUAUUAAAAUUCAUCAAACCACA